AAAUCUUUGCAGACUAUUGGGUCCAGCACUCCAGCUGUAGUCUUCAGUUGUUAGAGAGAGAGAGAGAGAGAGAGAGAGAGGUGACCCUCGGUUUUUGAAGUUGCUGUAGCUCUAACUUCUACAGUAAAAGCUCAAUUUGCUUGUUUGUAUCCUUGUUUGCAUUUGCAGAGACAAAAGAGGCAAAACAAAAAGCUUCUUUGGGUUUUGCACUUUUUGAGGUCGUAUACAUUAUAGUAGUAAUAUUCCUUUAAUUUCUACUAUCAUUCUGGGGGAUCCGAUUUGCAAGAUUGAAGCUUAAUUUAUAUGAUUUGGGUCUGUGGAAGGAAUUCAAUUUUGAUUCUUGAUCUUGGGUUUGACCCAGAAAUUGGUUUAUGAAGCUGUUUGUUGUGAGAUGGACCAAACUGUUGAACGAUCUCCAAAUGCACAUAGGGGUUUCCGAGUUCAAGCUCCACUGGUUGAUUCUGUGUCCUGCUAUUGUAAAGCAGAUUCAGGCUUGAAAACCGUUGCUGGGGCAAGAAAAUUCGUUCCGGGAUCCAAAAUAUGCAUCCAACCAGAUAUCAAUCCUCGUGCACACAAGACUAAAAGAAACUCGCGAAGGGAGAGGACAAGAUUCCAGCCUCCUCUCUUACCGGGUCUUCCUGACGAUCUCGCCAUUGCUUGUCUCAUUCGAGUCCCUCGCAUUGAACACAAUAGACUCCGUCUCGUUUGCAGGAGAUGGCACCGCCUUCUUUCGGGGAACUACUUUUAUUCCCUUAGAAAAAGCCUUGGAAUUGCGGAGGAGUGGGUUUACAUCAUUAAAAGAGACCGUGAUGGGAGGAUUUCGUGGCAUGCCUUUGACCCAACCUACCAGCUAUGGCAGCCACUUCCCCCAGUUCCUGGGGAAUAUAGCGAAGCACUUGGAUUCGGUUGUGCUGUUCUGAGUGGUUGCCACCUGUACUUAUUUGGAGGAAAAGAUCCGUUGAAGGGGUCUAUGAGGCGGGUCAUCUACUACAAUGCUAGAACAAAUAAGUGGCAUAGGGCACCGGAUAUGCUGCGGAAACGUUACUUUUUUGGUUCUUGUGUCAUAAACAACUGCCUUUAUGUGGCUGGUGGCGAAUGUGAUGGAAUCCAAAGGACUCUUCGUUCUGCGGAGGUUUAUGACCCGAACAAGAACAGAUGGAGCUUUAUAGCAGAAAUGAGCACGGCUAUGGUGCCUUUUAUUGGCGUUGUUUACAAUGGAAAGUGGUUCCUAAAAGGACUAGGGUCCCAUCGGGAGGUCCUGAGUGAAGCCUAUACUCCGGAAACAAAUACCUGGAAUCCGAUUGGUGAUGGGAUGGUUUCUGGUUGGCGGAACCCUAGCAUCUCGAUGAAUGGGAAGCUCUAUGCUUUGGAUUGCCGAGAUGGGUGCAAACUUAGGGUUUUCGAUGAGACUACCAAUUCUUGGAACAAAUUUAUAGAUAGCAAACUGCAUUUGGGGAGCUCUAGAGCUCUGGAGGCGGCCGCUCUUGUCUCUCUCAAUGGGAAGCUUUGCAUUAUCCGAAACAACAUGAGCAUCAGUCUGGUUGAUGUAUCAAGUCCUGAUCAUCGGGUGGAGAGUAACCCCCACCUAUGGGAGAAUAUUUCCGGGAAAGGUCACAUCCGAACUCUUUUCACAAAUAUAUGGUCAAGUAUAGCUGGGCGAAGCGGAUUGAAAAGUCAUAUUGUCCACUGUCAAGUGCUUCAAGCGUGACAUUAUUCACCUUUUCAGGUGUUUUAAGCAUUAGAAUCCCCAUUCGCAUUUCUUCAUCUUUCAUGGCAGUGUCACUACGCAGAAGUUGCAAAAGUUUCGAUUUUAGGAGGUUUUGCACCUUCUAAACCGCACUUGCAUCCGUUCUCUUUUGCCUUCUGUUGCCUUGAAUCUUUUGAGGAGAAUGAAUCUGACAGUGGUCUUCUUGCUUUACACAAAUUUGGCUUCAAGAAAUCGAAAAUGGAGAUCAGAAUCAAAGGCGCGUUUAAAAAUUGGAGGCCGAAAACGAACGUUAGAGGAAUCUUCAUUCGCAUGUCUGGUUCAACAUUCAGAGGGCACGCUUGGAUUUAUAAGGCGAAGGUAAUUUUACCUCUAGUUUUAGCAACACAAUUUAGAGGCCAUUGUUUUAUUUAUGAAGACUGAAGAGAGAGCAGAUAGUUUUCAAAGUUGUAAAUCUCUCUCAUUUGGACCUCAGGGACUAUGUUCUUUGCAUGUGGUAUCUUGUUUAGGAGUUCUGUAAUUUUGGAGGUUCUUUGUGAAUAUAGAUGGCUUAUGAAAUUUUAAUCGGCAUUUGGGUUA